CCAUUCAAUUUCCUGUAAACUCCAAACAAACGUUUUGACAAUUGACAGCAAUAUAACAUUGCUGUAAAUGAAUGUCGAAUGUCAUCAGCUGUAAAUAGAUUGUUGUAGUAUACAAAACAUAUAAAGAAUGAAUUUUAAACCUGACAUACCUUCCAAGGAUGAUUGGGUCCGUCUUUUGGAUUCCAAGGAUAUUGGGCGAUCUAGUAUGAACAAAUUGAUUAUGAAUUACUUGGUGACAGAGGGCUUUAAGGAGGCAGCUGAAAAAUUUCAACAAGAAUCUGGGGUUGGGCCCACAGUUGAAUUAAACUCCUUGGAUGACAGGAUUCGCAUCCGAGAUGCAAUUAUUAAUGGAAGAGUCCAGGAGGCUACAGCAUUCAUCAAUCAACUACAUCCAGAGCUAUUAGAUAACGACAGAUACCUGUAUUUUCAUUUGCAACAACUGCAUUUAAUUGAAUUAAUAAGAAACAACAGAGUUGAGGAAGCUUUAGCAUUUGCACAGUCUCAUCUGAGUGAAGCAGGAGAAGAAGAUCCUUCAGUAUUAUCUGAGCUAGAAAGGACUGUGGCUUUAUUAGCAUUUGAAGAUCCUUUAACAUCACCAUUUGGAGAUCUUCUUCAACCAACUCAUAAACAAAAAAUUGCAAGUGAGGUGAAUGCUGCUAUACUAAAAAUGGAACAUCAAGAAUGUACUUUGCCUAAGCUGUCAACACUCUUGAAGCUUAUCCUUUGGGCUCAAGAUAAAUUAGAUAAAAAGAACCCAAAAUACCCAAAAAUGACUGAUCUCUCUUUAGGUAAAAUAGAAGGUCCUGAAUAACAGCAAUUAGACUGUUCUGUUUAUAUAUCCAUGUAUGAUUUUUAAAUGAAUUCUUAUUCUCGAAACGUUUUCUGUAUGUAUAUACAUAUAUCACAGUUCUAAACAAAAUUCAUUUUAUAAUAAUAGAUUAGGCUAAUGAAUGGAAUAUUUAGUGAUUAGGUACAAUUGUUAUAUUUAUUUUAUAGUACAUUAAAACAACAUAAUAUGACACCUCUUUUAAACACGAUUUACAAA